AUGGCUAAAAGCAACCACUCAAUGCUGACUGAGUUUAUUCUUCUAGGCCUUACAGAUAAUAUAGAGCUCCAGCCUUUCCUCUUGGGUCUCUUUCUAAUGAUUUAUGUGAUCAGUGCUAUGGGAAACCUUGGAUUGAUUGUUUUAAUCCAGAUCAGUCCUCAACUUCACACCCCUAUGUACUUUUUCCUUAGUCAUCUGGCUUUUGUUGACUUCUGCUACACUUCCUCUAUCACCCCAAACAUGCUGGUGAACUUCAUGCAAAAGGUUAAAAGGAUAUCCUUCGUUGGAUGUGCCACUCAGAUGUGCUGUUUCAUUACAUUUGUCGUUUGUGAGGUCUUCCUCCUGUCAGUCAUGGCCUAUGACCGCUAUGUUGCCAUCUGCAAUCCCCUACACUAUACAUUACUCAUGUCUCAAAAAGCCUGUAUUCCAAUGGUUGCAACCACUUAUACUUAUGGCUUGUGUGUUGGAAUCCUACAGACCAUUGUUACAUUCCACUUAUCCUUUUGUGCCUCUAAUGUAAUUAAUCACUUUUAUUGUGACGAUGUUCCUUUGGUUGCCUUGGCCUGUUCUGAUACUUAUAUUCAAAGGCUACUGAUAUUUAUCUUUGCUGGUGUCAACACACUGCUUUCUCUGCUGAUUGUCCUAGUCUCUUACCUAUUCAUCCUCUUUGCCAUCCUGAGGAUGAAUUCUGCUAAAGGGAAACAGAAGGCUUUCUCAACUUGUGCUUCUCAUAUGGUCUCCCUCAUCAUGUUUUAUGGAACAGUAAUCUUCACUUAUCUGAAACCCAAAUCAAACCAUUCCUGGGAUAUUGAUAAGGUAACCUCUGUAUUCUACACAGUAAUGAUCCCUAUGUUGAACCCUUUCAUCUACAGUCUUAGGAACAAGGAGGUGAAAAGUGCCCUACAAAAAGUUUUGGGAAAAGUGUGUUCCAAGAUAAAAUAG